AUGAGCUGCGACUGCUUUAUUCGAUGUUCAUUCUUCUUCUUCUUCUUGUUCUUCUUCUUCUUCUUCUUCUUCUUCUUCUUCUUCUUCUUCUUCUUCUUCUUCUUUCUUUCUUUUCAACAUCUGAUAAGGUUUUCGGCGUCCGGUAAGCAGCCGAUGACGUCAUUUACGCACAAACUGAACGAGAAAUCUCACUGCAACGAAAGGGCUUCUUUCUUUCUUUCUUUCUUUCUUUCUUCUUCACACCCGCACACAAAGAUAUGCAACGUAAAUCUUUCUAUCUAUCUAUCUAUCUAUCUAUCUAUGCCUGUUUAUAUCUAUCUAUCUAUGCCUGUUUAUAUCUAUCUAUCUAUCUAUCUAUCUAUCUAUCUAUCUAUCUAUGCCUGUUUAUAUCUAUCUAUCCUAUCUAUCCAUGAAUCUAUUUUAUUUAUUCAUCUUUUCAUCCUUUUUCAUUAUCUAUCUAUCUAUCUAUCUAUCUAUCUGUGUAAUAAACGAGGCCUUAUCUAUCUAUCUAUCUAUCUAUCUAUCUAUCUAUCUAUCUAUCUAUCUAUCUAUCUAUCUAGAGACAAGCUUGUUGGCCAUUACACCACACCGACGUGGCCGCACACACACACACACACACACACAAAAUCUAUCUAUCUAUCUAUCUAUCUAUCUAUCUAUCCGAGUGUUCCAUUAUCUAUCUAUCUAUCUAUCCGAGUGUGUUCAUUCAUUCAUCUAUCUAUCUAUCUAUCUAUAUCUAUCUAUAGAGUGUAUUCAUUAUCUAUCUAUCUAUCUAUCUAUCUAUCUAUCUAUCUAUCUAUCUAUCUAUCUAUCCUCGCUUCCAAUAACCGUUAUUCAUGA